AUGACUUUAAUGGUUCCAUCUUUACAUUCUUUACCGUCUGAUAAGAUUUCUUCCAUUUCUUCUGCACCUGCAUUACCGCCAAAUCCACCACUGUCCCCUGAUGUUUCUCCUCUUUUGCCUUCUCCUGGUGGGGUGGUGCAUCCUCCCACUGGAUCAUCUUUACCAACCAUUCCCUCUGAUUCCACUCAGAAUCCCGAUUUGACGAACCCCGUUGGACCGGAUACCGCGUUUGCACCAUCCGGGUUGUUGCAGGCUUCCUCGACAGAGUCGAGAUUUCUAGUCACAGGGUUGAAACUUGGAACUUUUGUUGGUUUCUUGGCUCAUUGUACUAGUCUUCAGGAUCCCUUUAUAACAUGGAACCGAAUAUCAUGGUUGCACCAUCGAGGUUAUACAGUCUUCCUCGACCGAGUCGAGAUAUCCAGUGAAAGGGUUUACUAG